AUGACUGAAACCGAAGAAUACUUCCCUCGUGGUGGUAAAAAACCUACUACCACAUAUUUUAAGCAAAGUGAAAACUUUUUAGGGGCUCCGGAUAAGGGAGAGAAGAAGAGGAAAAGACAAAAAAAGAAAUCUGAAGAUGACGAUGGCUAUUUAUCAGACGAUGUUACACCAGAAUUUGAUCAGUCUUACAAAACUUGUGGAAUAUUUUUAAAUUAUAGGGUUGUUAAAGAAGGUCUGUUAUUAUUGGGAAGAGUGAGACGUGUUCUUGAAACUAAAAUACUGCUAUCAUUACCAUGUAGAAUGAACGGCGUGGUCAUGGCUUGUCACAUCAGUGACGCAUACAAUAACUUACUUGAAGCUUACGUUAAUGAUAAGGUGGAUCAAGUCCGCGAGCUGCCCCAAAUGUUCCGAGUGGGACAAUAUGUAGCUGUUAAAGUUUUGGAGGUGUCUGACAAUUCGCUAACACUAACAAUGAUGCCACAAGAUAUUAAUUCUGAUAGAAAAGCUACAGAUCUCCAUAAAGGUGCACUUAUCCAAGCUGCGGUGACAUCAAUUGAAGACCAUGGCUAUGUAAUGGACAUCGGCAUUCCUAACACCAGAGCCUUCUUGGCUAAAGAUACCGCUAACUCUGACAUGGAACUCGAUAUUGGUAUGCUAACGUGGGUGACUAUCAAAUCUCUGUCUGCUGACUUCAAUGUUGUUACCCUGAGCUCGGACCUGGGUGCUCUACAGCGAUCCUUUCAGAGGAAUCAGGCUCUGGACAACGGUAUUGAGGGACACAUCUUGAACAAUCAACUCGCGUACAUACAGAGACAUCAAAUAGAUACUGUGAAGGGAAAGAAACCAGCGCUUGGACAAAAGAUCAGAGCUCGUCUGUUGUACGCCGUCCCACCACAACAGACCCCAUUCUUGACUAUGAGAGAAAUAUUUGACUCCUCAAAAACAAACAUGAGCAAGGAACAGAUACACCAAGAUGGUGAAGUCAUCGAGGAUGCAAAGGUGUUAAAAAGUUGGGGUCGCACAGUGUUCCUGCGUCUGUCUGAUAGCUCCACCGGCUUCCUCUCACUAAAACGUAGCCACGACUUCAAUGACCACGACGAUCUUGCUAAAUCAUACCCAAUAGGCAGUACACAUCGAGUCCGCGUCUUGUGUUACAAUCUAUCAGACUACGUGUAUUCUGUGAGUGACGACCCCGCCCUCUUGCGGCAGAAGUACUUCAACAUCUCACAGCUGAGUGUGGGGGACCUGGUCUCUGGGACCGUCACAGAAGUCGCCGACCAACAUCUUAGGGUCGCGGUGGAUAGAAUCAGCGGCUACGUUCCCCGCGCGCACAUGACGGAGACCGGCGUGUUUAUAGAUCCCAAGAAGCCGAGGAACUCAAAUGUAUCCAAGAAAUAUAAGGUGGGUCAAGAGGUCCGGGCGCGCGUGUUGUUCGUGGACGAGACCAAGAACUCGGUGGUGUUGACCUUGAAGCCGUCCCUGCUGGCGGAGGAGCUGCCUCUACUGACGGAUUACAGUGAACGACACGUGGGCAGGAUGUACACCGGGGUUAUAUCGCUCAUAAAACAUUACUUGCUGGUGUCGUUUUUUAACAACGUGGUGGCGUUUGUACCGAGCAGGCUGGUGGGGGCGCAGCCCGGGGACCUCGCGGACUCAUUCCACACGGGACAGAUAGUAAAAUGUACAAUAAUGAAUGUUAAGCCGGAAGAGAGAAAAAUGUCUGGCAGCCUCAUUAACGCACCCUUCAAAGGCGCUGAUACUGAAGUUAAGAAGGCAGUGAAACGGAAAAAUGAAACUUAUGAAGAUCAAGCAAAUGGCUCGGAUACAGAAAAACAUAACGAACAGUCAGAAGAUAGAAUUCAGAAGAAAAAAAAGAAGAAUAAUGAAGAAACUUACAGAAAGAAGAUUUAA